AAAUAACUAGGUAUUUUCAUCUUCAAACUUAAAAAAAAUUACCAGCUUUUGCUUCAUUAGUAUAGAAAACCAUGCUUUGAUUGUAAUAGCAAAAGUACACCAGUCAAAAAUCAUGCUAAAGUGCCCUUUUUAGUGCCUUCCUGCUGCCUGACUGUCAUGUCUUUAUUUUACAUAGGUCUCACCAACAGAAGAUGGCAAAGCCCAGUCACAGCAGCUAUGUCCUGCAGCAGCUAAACAACCAAAGAGAAUGGGGCUUUCUCUGCGACUGCUGCAUCGCCAUUGACGACAUUUACUUCCAAGCACACAAGGCUGUGCUAGCUGCCUGUAGCUCCUACUUCAGGAUGUUUUUCAUGAACCAUCAGCAUAGCACUGCCCAGCUGAACCUCAGCAACAUGAAGAUCAGCGCCGAGUGCUUUGAUCUCAUUUUGCAGUUCAUGUAUUUAGGGAAGAUUCUGACCGCUCCUUCCAGUUUUGAGCAGUUCAAAGUGGCCAUGAACUACCUCCAGCUCUACAAUGUUCCCGACUGCUUAGAAGACAUACAGGACUCAGACUGUUCCAGCUCAAAGUGCUCGUCUUCCGCCUCCAGCAAACACAACAGCAAGAUGAUCUUUGGGGUGAGGAUGUAUGAAGACACAGUGGCUAGAAACGGCAGUGAAGCCAACCGGUGGAGUGCGGAACCCAGUUCAACGGUGAAUACGCCACAUAACAGAGAGCCUGAGGAGGAGUCUUUACCGUUGGCCAACUUUCCUGAGCCACUGUUUGACGUGUGUAAAAAAAGUUCCGUGUCCAAGUUAUCUACUCCAAAAGAACGUGUGUCGAGACGCUUUGGGCGGAGUUUUACCUGUGACAGUUGUGGAUUUGGCUUCAGCUGUGAAAAGCUGCUGGACGAACACGUGCUGACCUGCACCAACAGGCACUCCUACCAGAGCACGGCGAGAGCCUACCACCGAAUGGUGGAUGCUAGAGAUGGGAAAGAUAGUGCCAUCAAAGCUGAACUCGGUGACAAGGGCUCUCCUACAACGUUUUCUGCACAGACAGACAAAUACAGAGAAGACGCCAGCCAGGCGCCCGAUGACUCAGCCUCGACCACCGGGGGCAGAAAAAGCACCGUGGAGUCCGGCACAGCUGGUGAAGAGAAGAGCAGAGCUGCAGAGACAAAAAGAGUUGUCAUCAAGAUGGAGCCGGAGGACGUCCCUGCAGACGACAUGAAAGACUUCACCAUCGUCAAGGUCACUGAGAAAGACUGCAACGAGUCCACCGACAACGAUGAGCUGGAGGACGAGCCCGAGGAGCCGUUCUACAGAUACUACGUCGAGGAAGACGUUGGCAUUAAAAAAAGUGGGAGGAAAACCCUAAAACCUCGGAUGUCCAUUGGCGUGGAUGAAAGGGGUGGUUUGGAGAACAUGAGACCCCCAAACAACAGCAGCCCGAUACAGGAGGACGCCGAGAAUGCGUCUUGUGAGUUGUGUGGGCUCACGAUAACCGAGGAGGACCUGUCCUCUCAUUACUUAGCCAAGCACAUUGAAAAUAUCUGCGCGUGUGGUAAAUGUGGGCAGAUACUUGUCAAGGGCAGACAGCUCCAGGAACACGCUCAGAGGUGUGGCGAACCUCAGGACCUGACGAUGAACGGGCUGGGGAACACUGACGAGAAGAUGGACAUGGAAGAGAACCCAGAUGAGCAGUCUGAGAUAAGAGACAUGUUUGUUGAAAUGCUGGAUGAUUUCAGAGACAAUCAUUACCAAAUAAACAGUAUCCAGAAAAAACAGUUAUUUAAACAUUCUGCCUGUCCUUUUCGAUGUCCUAAUUGUGGCCAGCGUUUUGAAACUGAAAAUCUAGUGGUGGAGCAUAUGUCUAGCUGCCUAGACCAAGACAUGUUUAAGGGCGCCGUCAUGGAGGAGAAUGAGCGAGAUCACAGACGGAAACAUUUCUGUAACCUGUGUGGAAAAGGCUUCUAUCAGCGCUGUCAUUUGAGAGAGCACUAUACUGUUCAUACUAAAGAAAAGCAGUUUGUUUGUCAGACAUGUGGGAAGCAGUUUUUAAGAGAGCGCCAGUUGCGUCUGCACAAUGAUAUGCACAAAGGCAUGGCCAGUGGUGCAGUAGGGCCUUCUAAGCCUCUGGAGAAGUGACAGAUCUGAAUUUGGAGAGGACAUGGGGAAGAACCAUUCUUCAACAGAUAAUCUAUAAGUGCAGACCCAGGAAGUCAGGUCUGACGCGGCACCGUCUUUUCUGUCCUCCUGACAAACGUCAUCAUCCCUAAAGUUCCAGUUGCAAAGAUCCAAGAAAACUCAAUAAACAUCACUUUGGAAUCACCUUGUAACAAAACUGAUUCACGGUGACUCUCCCAGUACUUAUGGGAAAUCUGCUAAAGAAAGGCUACUGUAAAAGUCAUGUGACAUCAAUGAUUAAAGCUACACUAAAAUGAAACUUUGUCAUGUAUCUUCACGGAUCUAGAAUAAUAGGGCUUGCUAGACUUCUUACAUACAUUAUAGAGAGAGAGAUAAUUAUGUAUUUCCAUAAAAACAUCAUUCUAAAAAUAACCAAAAUUGUAGCUUAUAUAUUAUGAAAUGUACUUAAGCAGUUUAAAAGGAUACUAAAAAUAUCUGUAGAGUGUAAGUAAAAGAUGGGUAGUGAGAAAGAAAAUCCAAGGCCAGUCCUUUAACAAGAUAAUGUAGCUAUUAUGGCAACAGAACACUGGUCUUCCUUUCUCACCGUGUACCAGUCACGCACUUGCUUGUGGAUAUUAGUGCAGCCUCUUUCUAAGUCUCUUGAAGAAGAGGAGCAUUAUUGUUCAGUCGUGGUAGGUUUUCACAAAUCAUACAUAAUUUUCUUCGGAACUUACCACUACGACCCCUUAGUGUAGACUGUUUGUUAAUCUCAGAACUAGUGUGUAGUGCCGUGUAGACACGCUCUUCAUGUCUCAACAUAAAGCUAAGCACUAGAUGAAACGGUAACAUGCCCGUGGGAAUCCUGAAGGAAGGAUUCAGUGAGAGUCGAGUCUGGCUAUGACCACAAAUGCUUCGCUGCACAUGCACUCUUUGACCAUAGGAAUCCUAGGAGCAUAUUAUUUCCUUAUUGUGAAUAGACUUUCUUUUACUUUUUGUUAACUAUGUGACUAAUUCCUGAUUGCUUUGUUUUUGUGUGUGUGUGUACUAUCAAAUGUUUAAAUGCUUAUUCUGUUUUCAUGCAAAAUUCUUCAAAUAUUUUAAUAAGUUACCCAAUGAAACCUGUCUUAGGAAAUGAAAAAUGUAGUGGCACACACCUUUAAUCCCAGGCAGUGGCAGGCUGAUCUCUGUAAGUUCAUGGCCAGCCUGGUCUACGUAAUGCAUUCCAGGCUAGCCAAGGGUAUAUAAUGAGACUUGUCUUAAAAAAAUUUUUUUUAUUAAAAAUGGAAGAAAAUCCUAACUCUGAGGUAGCAAGAACUUGAAUACUGUUCUAGAAACUUUGGCUGAAAAGUCAGAGAAAGAGUCCACCCGGUAGCAUACUGGUGAUAGAGAAGAAAAGAGAGCAAAGAAGAAAGGUCCCCACAGAGCAAAGCCAGAGGCCAGGCAUGGUGACAGUUGCCUGUAGUCCUAGUGCCUGGGAGGUGGGAGGGGCAAGAAAAGUUCAAAGCCAGCCUGGGCUAUAGAGUUGAAGUCAAAGCCAGCCUGGGCUUCCUGAAACCGUAUCACAGACAAAACACUAGUUUAAACACCCACCAGAGUUAAUCUCUUUAGGGAACAUUAAGGAAGCACAUAGAACUGCAGACUCCCUAAAAUACAUAGAAGACAGAGAAACUUUCCAGUAAUUCAAGAAAACAGAUCAAGAUAGAAAUGAUUCAACAGUUUUUGAUUACAUUUUUAUCACACUAGAUUUACUAAAGAAAACGGCUUGGAUUUUGACUGUACUAACCACAUGUGUAAUGAAUUACAAUAAUUAUAAGUGGCAUACGUGCAUAUUAUAAUGUGAUUAUUUUCUGUAUGUUGUUUUAACUGUAAUUUUUGGAUUACAUACAGCUAUUUUUGUUGCAUUUUAAAGUCCGUUGCUUUUACCUAAUAAAAGUCCCUCCUCUACAUCCGGAAGUUAA